UAGCUUUGCAUGCUGAACAUUAAACAUAUACGCUGUUUUCUGUGUAUGAUGUAAUACACAGUAUGCAACACAAUAUUUUUCAUCGCUGUUACAAAGUACUGCACAUCGUAGAUAUCUCUGUAAGCUGGCCAAAUCCACUUUCACUUCCUGCUGGCAGCGAUGGCGUCUGCUAAAAUAGGAGAGGAGCUAGAAUGUUCCAUUUGUCUGAGUAUUUACACUGAUCCUGUGAUGCUGAAAUGUGGACAUAAUUUCUGCCGGGACUGUAUUGAUCGUGUGCUGGAUGCCCAGGAGGGAUCUGGAGGUUAUUUCUGUCCUGGAUGCAGAGAAGAGUUUCAGGAUCGGCCUGCACUGCAACAGAACAUAACACUACGUAACAUAGUGGUGAAUUUCCUGUCUGCUUUUGCAGAUCAGGAGUCCGGGGUCUUCUGCACUUACUGUCUGGUAUCUCCCAUGCCUGCUGUUAAAUCCUGUCUGCUGUGUGAGGCUUCUCUGUGUGAUAAUCACCUGAGUGUCCACAGCAAGUCACCAGAACACGUCCUAUGUGACCCCACCACCACCCUGAGGAACAGGAAAUGCUUCCUCCAUAACGAACUCUUUAAAUUUUACUGUACUGAGGACUCUUCCUGUAUCUGUGUGUCCUGCUGUCUGAUUGGGAAACACAAAGGACACCAAAUAAAGUCCCUGGAUGAGGCCUUUGAGGAGAAGAAGAAGAAACUGAAAAAUAAUCUACAGAAGUUGAUUAUAAGGAAAAAGGAGAUGGAGAACAGAGUUCAGAGGCUACAGGAACACACAAGCAAAACUGUGGAAAAGGCAAAUGGUGAAUCAAAGAGAACCACUGCCCUGUUUAGAGAGCUCAGGAGACGGCUGGAAGACCUAGAGAAGCGAGUCCUGAGAGAAAUCUCCGGGCAAGCAGAACGAAUCAUGCUACCACUCAAACAAUUGAUCGAUCAGCUGGAAAUAAAGAAGGAUGAACUGUCUAGGAAGAUAGGUCACAUUGAGGAGCUGUGUAACAUGAUGGAUCCAUUGACUAUCCUACAGGAAUCAGAUACAGGUGACUUGUGUGAUACUGAGGAUGGAGAUACUGAGGACAGAGAGAGACAUGGUCAACUCCUUCAUGACAGAGGGGGUCUGGAUGUAGCUGGGAUCUCACAAACGCUACAAACAGGGUUAUCUGAUAUAGUAACAGAGGUAAAUGUAUGCUUCUCUAUGGACAAACCUGUAAACUUUAUAUUGGAUGUAAAUACAGCUUGUAAUAAGCUAAAUAUUUCAGAUGACAGGAAAACGGUGUCCUACUUUCCAAACCAGAAUCGUCCAGAAACACCCGAGAGGUUUAAGGUUUAUCCUCAGGUGAUAAGCAGUCGGAGUUUCUCCUCAGGGCGACAUUACUGGGAAGUGGAUGUGGGAGGAUCACAAUGGUGGAGAGUUGGGGUGAGUUAUCCCAGUAUAGACAGGUCAGGAGUGCAGUCAUGGAUUGGAUAUAAUCAGAAGUCUUGGUGUCUGUACAGAUUUAAUGAUCAGUAUUGGGUAAUACAUGACAGUGAAGAGAUCCAAUUGUAUGACAGUUAUUCCAGUGACAGAGUCAGGAUCUAUCUGGAUUAUGAGGAUGGACGGAUCUCCUUUUGGGCUAUGUCUGACCUAAUCCGACACCUCCAUACCUUCACCACUACCUUCACUGAGCCCCUCCAUGCAGCAUUCGGGGUAUGGAAGGGCUGUAUAAAGAUAUCUGGGGAAAGAGGGGAGAUAUAACCUGAGGCUGUUGACAUGACAGAAAGGGGGAUAUCAGAUUUGUAGAAUAUUAAAGUACAUGUAAGCCCUAACAAUAAACUUCCCUUAUUCGCUCUUUUUAAGUGGUAAAUUCACCAUUGAAAGAUUUUUUUUAUUUCUGUCCAAAGAGUGCAAAAAUAACUGUUGAUCCUGAAAGCACCCUGCUAAAAUAAGUGGCGAUUUAGCGCUAACACACACUUGGCCCCAAUGUGCUAGUUUUAGCAGCGCUUUACUGCUGUUAUAGCUGUGUUGUUCGGUCGCUGGUGGGGCGCUUUUAACCCCCGCUAGCAGCCAAAUAAUUGGGUUAAAAGCGCCUGCAAAAGGCCGCU